GGGCUCAGGACCAGCAAUCACGGUGGUUGUUAGCAAGCUUUUCGGAGUCGUCACGUUCGGUCUUGAGAUGCCUCCUCAAAGUCGCAGAUGGUCAUAUCGUUAGCUUCUACAUCUACUUGGGUGACACACCGCUCCGGUUCCGGACGACCGCUCGUAGUUGGUUAAGUAUUUCGAGGAGAGGAACAUGUCAGUACAUGUCAUGCUCUAGAAUCUCGGUAUCGUCGUUGGAGCCACAAUGUAUAAAAAAGAAGUUUUGACGGAGUGAUUCUGGUUUUGUCCACAUAGACAUAGUAUGAUCGAUCAUCGUCAUCGUGGUUGCAGAUGCCUCUCGCGAUCAUCAAAUGCCGCAAUAUUUCAAUCAUGUUCGGUUGUAUCGAAAAUGUGGAAAGAGUCGUGGAUCGAAUUCGUCAUAAAGACAAUGCAAUUUAAGAGAAAAGUAGGAGGUUCGUAAUUCAUUUGCAAUUUAAGAGAAAAGUAGGAGGUUCGUAAUUCAUUUAUAAAAUUAGCUUCUUGGGGUUGGGCAUCUCGAUCUUCUGAGUAAGCAUCAAAUUGUGGACACUUUAGGAAAAAGAAUAUCUUACCGUGAAGAUUCGUCCUCAUCAGUGUUCUUAUCUUUCCGUGCCAUCGUGAUCGUUUACUAUCACUUCGCGUUUUCCAACACCAAAAAUGGUCAGUUUCCUCAUGGGGGACCUCGCAGGCCUAAGUGCUGGGCUCACCAGCGCGGAAGAUACGAAAGCUUGGAGCAGCUUCCUGGGUGAUGUUCGGCAAGACGAAUCAGCUGCCGACGGAAUUUUGUCAUCUUCACACGCACGACAUGUCGAUACGAAUACGAAUGCAAAACCCUCUCUGUCUCUGGUGGUCGGCAACUCACCAUCCGCUUCGUCAUCGUCGUCUUUUGUUGAGCGGCAUGUGCCACUCGUAAAAGAUAGGAGUUCGGAUUUGUUGAACAAAGGCCACCUCGUCGGAAGCAGCAAAGCGGCAGGCCUAUCCGCUCGUUCUCACAUAGAGGAAGCGACAGGGAGCCCGUUGGUACCGAAAAGUGCGUCAUCAAGUUUUCUGCAGUACAACCAUUCGGACGCUGUCUCUUCCACAACAAGCAGUGGCGGCCUGCAUCUUCUUCACGAUCACGAUUCAGCAAGAGCAGGACAUACAGACUUAUCUUCGCCAAGCGGUAGUUCUGCGUUGAUGCGCCUAGCGCAUGGACACGAGCUGUCCUCGACGGAUCACGAUAUUCUUCGACACCACAUCCAAGUGCUAGCUCGUGGUCAGCACGCGCAUCCACACGACACGUCAUUUCUACUGAUGGGGUCAGGCAAUAGCACGAUCAGUAGAGCAGCAGCCGCAUACCCCAUGCCGACUGACUUCUCCGCUCUCAGCUUAAAAGAUUUGUUCUACGUGGCAAAAACAGGCUUCUUACUCUUCGGCGGACUCUGCUCCAAAAUGUACUUUGCAAUUUCCCUAGCUAUUGUGCAGCACCAUUCUCUAGCUCUCACAGUGAAACAACCCUAGCAUCUGAUGAAGUACAUACUUUCUUACGAAAUUUAGCUGCUGCAACAGUCAGCUGUACUACCGUUCAUCUUGUUGCAAAAGAUGAACUAACGUGGUUGAUGAUCUUGAAAAUCUAGAAGACUUUUACUCCAUCUCCAUUCUUUGUGUUAUUUCUGAAAUCUAGGUUUGGUAUGGGUUUGAUCGGUUUCCUGGCAUUCCAGUCAAUGACUGCGCCAAAAAGCGAGCUUCCGCGACCUUACACGGCGUAUUAUCCCCAGCCGGUCUUGUAUCCACACGUUUACUCUGUUACGGCAAGUCCUCAGGGGUAG